UGGUCACCCUACAUACGUGAUAAAGAAAACCUAAACCUUUCAGUCGGCUACUCGGCAGCUGGCAAACGAAUUCCACAGCAACAAAUUGUUGUUCAACGAAUAAUUGUUUACGUUUUAACUCUAAGUUUUAUGAUAAUAAUAAUACUACUCCGGGUUUUUUUUUCUAUCAACGCUGGUGUUGAUCUCCGUUCUACACGACCUACUUUUGCAGUCGACAUCGAAGCAGGCAGUUAUAUUUUUUAAUUCGGUUGGCGAUCACAGUGUUGGUGUUUUUACAUUAAUUGUCAUCAAACAGUUUUUGGAAGACAUAACGAGGCCAUGACGUCCUCGAAGUACUGUUUGAAAACUCGCAACAGAAUGAAACUUCUAAACACUAAGAAGUUGGAUAACGAACAGGACCAUGAUCUGUUUUUGUCAAAGUUUACUUCGGCACUUUGUGGCGACAGUUUCAACAGACUCCCAUUGAACUCCACUUUAGGACGACUGCCAUUAUCUGAAUUAGCUCAGGAACUCAAAACAGGGAAAUUGAUAUCAAAAUUUGAAGAUUUUGAUUAUUAUACUGAUGGUGAAGAUGAAUCACCAUAUGUUUACACAUGUUCAUUUGUAUUGGCUAUAAUGUAUUUUGAACGACUUAAAGCAUCAAAUCCUAACUAUUUGAAAUCUAUUAAUUCGUCUGAAUUAUUUCUUAUAUCUUUGUUAGUCGCAAGUAAAUAUCUUCACGACGAUGGUGAAUUAGAUUCUGCAAUAAAUAGUGAAUGGGCUGUAGCAUAUGGUAUCAGUCUCAAGACUAUUAAUCAAAUGGAAAAAGAUUAUUUAUCAGCUAUGAAUUGGGAAUUUUUUAUAAGUGAUGAAGAAUUUACAAGUAGACAUAAAGAAAUAGUUAAUGAACUAUACGGUGAUAUAAAGAAAUCCAACUCUGUACUGUUAAAGAUGUUCCUAUUAAUCUCAUCAGUAGUACAAAAAAUAAGAAAGUUGUACCGAAAGAAAAUUGUCCGUCAGAAAAUGAAACAUAUGAUCGCCAUGUCAACUGUUAUUACUGUAGUUACUGCAACUACUAUGCAACUUAACCCUGGAAAUGAAAAGUUGGUCCAAGAAUUGUAUGAACAAAUUGAGUCUGAUCCAAAUUACCCAACAAUUCCCUCCACCCACACAAAUGACAUAGUAAAACCCAAAAACGUAAAAGACAUUUCUAAAGGAUGGCAUUCGUCUAAAUUACUACAGUUAUUGGACCAUUUGUUACUAAUGAACACAUGUGUAUCUGAUGAUGAUCAUCAUCUAUCAUUUCAAACUACUACCCUUAGUAAACCAAACAAUAAGCAAUUUCGGAAUAUUACACAUUUCAAAAAUACUAUAUUUUUUAACUAUUUAACAACUAUAAACUACACAUAUUGAAGUUAAGUCUUACUGACCCUUGUGGGUUCUCAGUUUACUCAAAUAUAUUUUAAUUAAUAUAUUCUGUUGUAUCAGUUUUUUACAAAUGUUUUGUA